AUGCAGAUUAUUGAAGGAUGUUGUGAAGCGGAGCUCAAUCUGGAGGAUAGUAGAUUGGUUAUGCACUGCAUCUCUGGCCAGAUAUAUGACUCUGAUCCUGUUGACUUUAGUAGUGAUUUGGGUGCCCGAUUGGCUUUAAACCACACAGUCCUGAAGAUGCCUGGUUUUGCAAAGCUACUAUCAUUUUUUGCAAAAGGCGUCACUUCUAGCCUGGAUGCUUUAUUUCUCACAAAGUUUGGAUCCCAACGUGCAGAGUACUGGCAAACUCUUUGUUCUUCAGUUGAUUUGGGGGUCCCUUUUCUGAUUUUAUGCUCAGAAAAUGAUGAUGUGGCUUCAUAUCCAGUUGUAUGCAAAUUUGCUCGGCAAUUACGAGAUAUGGGUGGCGAUGUUAACGUGGUGAAACUGAAUACAGGUCAUUACAAGCAUCAUUCAAUCCAGUACACAACUGCUAUAGCUGAGUUGCUUGAGCAGGCAGUUUCUAGUUUUUCCCACAAAAUUCAGAAACUUGGAGAAAGAACUCCCAUGAAUGAUAUGCAUGAUGAAGUAUCUGACAUAAUUUGUGACCUCCAGAAUGCAGCAGUCGACUCAAAUCAAAGCUUUAGAAGAGUUGCAGUUGGGCCGAACGACCACUUCUUCCUGCCAAGUUCAGCUGGCUAUUUAAACCGUCGAGACUUUGGGUCUGUACCUGAUGAGCGGAAAGAAAGAUCACCAAAUCGGUCACACCCUUGUAUAAAUGCGCAUAGUGUUCUUGGCCAAGUAUUAUUUGAUGUGUGUGUCCCGAAGAACGUGGAAGGUUGGGAUAUUAAAUUCGCCGGUUCCUUGAAUGCAAAGCCACUUGCUUCUGUUCGCAGACGGUUAUCAUUUAAUGCCACUAAACGUAGAUCAAGAUUAUGA